CAAUUCGAAACAUUCACACACUAUCCUUUUCUCCAAAAUAACUAACACAAAUCAUUCUAGAACAAACAAACAAACAAACCUUCCAAUCCAUGGCUUCUUCUUCUUCUUCAUUUCUUCUGUCCACUUCCAUCACCGGCAUCAAACUCUCCACCGCCACUUCACCACCACCACCCACCUCCGUCACCUUCCGGCGACAACCCUUCUCUGUUUCCGCCACGUACACCACCGCCGAUAGACCAACUACAAUUGCAUCACAGUCAUCGUUGUACGAAGUUUUGGGGAUUCAAACUGGAGCCAAUUAUCAAGAAAUUAAGUCUGCUUACAGGAAAUUAGCUAGAACUUUGCAUCCUGAUGUUGUCCGGUUUGAGAAGAAUUCAUCAGCUGAGGAGUUUAUUAGAGUUCAAUCAGCGUAUGCUACUCUUUCCGACCCAGAGAAACGUGCUAAUUAUGAUCGGAAACUAUUUGGGAAUAACAGAAUUGCACGGCCUGUUGAUUUCUCGUCGUCAGUGGGAGUUCGUAACCAUUAUACUGUUCGUCGGAAAUGGGAAACUGAUCAGUGUUGGUAGCUUUUGUCGGAAUUUUCAAGCCUGGUUAAUUCGAAAUUACGCCCCAUCGUGAAAGAUUUACUUUAGGCGUGAAUCAGACCAAUUAGUUUUUUAGAUUAUUUGAUAGGGUCCUAGUUGCAUUUGUACAGUACAAUGUAACUUUGUAAGUACAUGAAUUGUGUAUAUACUGGUGUAUAACUUUUGUUACGUUC